CUCCUCUGAAGUCGGGCAAUAAGAACCAGUCAUAUAAUCAGACAGUGACAAAACAGCAGGUAAAACCGGACCACUUGGAUGAGUGGCUGGGUGCCAGGUGUCGUCAAAGUCCAUUGAAUGGAUGCUGAUUCCAUUGAGCUAUAAACCUGACGUCGAAUUUGUUGCUGAUGUAAUCAUGAUUGGGAAGGAGGAGGAGGAUGACGAUGAUGAUAAUGACAAUGACAAUGUUGAUGAUGAAGACGAUGUUGAUGACGAUGAUGAUGACGACAACAACAACAACAAUGACGACCUAGAUGAUAAAGAUGAUGAUGCGGAUGAUGAUGAUGAUGAUGAUAAUGAUGAUGAUGAUAAUGGCGACGACGACGAUGAUGACGUUGAUAAUAAUGAUUAUGAUAAUGAUGAUGAUGAUGGCGACGACAAUGAUGAUGAUAAUGAUGUUCAUGGUGAUGAUACUAUAUUUUGAAUGAAGAACUUGUAGUGAAUAAAUCCUUAUAU